AGUCUCAGGGAAGAUACCCAGGUUGGCUGGGGCAUCUCAAGAAGGCUCAAGUAAAGAAUUAGUGCUUCUUUUAGCAAAGGUUUCCAUCGUCCUACCGGCUUAGCAUGGGGGAGUCUUCACAAUAAGCUUUUCCCUUGGCCCUUCUGAUUCGAUUCACAACCUCAUGCAUCUGUCUAACAUAAUCCUGGAAAGAAAGGAACACACACAAAAGACUGACCCUCUGCAGCACCAUGCACUGUCACCUAUGGAGAUACAUGUUUGCUGCAUCCUUGGUCACCAUGGGAUUCUCCCUUCAAGAAAAUACAGAACCGUUUGCUGACUACAGUGUAUUAUUGGAAAAAGACGCAACUCUGCAGACAGUCCAAGAUCAAACCAGCUCUGAAAUCGAGAACCAUGUGGAAACCUUCAAGGAGAUGCAGAAAAUGUCCCCUCUGCUGCGACACGCCAACUACACCCUCCUGGCUGGAGCCCCACCUAGGGAGCAGAAGCUACUGACUGUGGGGAUCUCCUCAGUGCAGCGUCCCCAUGGAACCUAUCUCCUGGCGACCCUCCAGUCCCUGUUCCAAGCUUCCUCCACGUAUGAUCUGGAGUACAUCGUGGUGCUGGUCCACCUGUCAGACCCUGACCCUGCGUCUCAGACAGUCGCCAAUAUCUCAGAGCUCUUCACACCUCACAUCAAGGCCCGGAGGCUGCUCGUGAUCCAUGGUCUUCUUGGUGGCUCCCCUCCAAGGAACGUGAACCACUCCUGGCCCUGCCAAUCGCUUUAUUCCAGGCAGAAGGUAGAUUACGCCCUCCUCAUGCACUUUGCCAGCAACCUCUCCGAGUACUUCCUGUUGAUAGAGGAUAACGUCCGGUGCGCCCCCAGAUUCGUGUCUGCCAUCUACUGGGCAGUAUUAGCCUGGAAAGAACUCCCUUGGAUGAUGCUAGAGUUCUCCAGCCUGAGAUUCUCCGGGAAGGUUUUCCACACAAGUGACCUCAGCCGCUUGACUUCCUUCUUCCUCCUCUUCCCCAAGUCCAUCCCCACCCACCUGCUUCUCUCUGAACUCCCUCUUUUCUCUGCUCAAAAUGUCCCGAUUCAUUUUGGGACCUCCGUGUUCUUCCACCUGAGCAAUUAUUCUGAGUCUGAGGCUGCCUGCUUUCCUGCAGAGGAGGUUGAGGACUUUGGUGAACCAGACAACCCUGCCGCUGUCGUCUUCACGAACAUGAUGUCCAAGAUGGACCACCCUCAAUAUGCCUAUGUCCUGAAUGAGGACAGCUUCUCCACCCUGGAUCCUCUCGAAGGUCACUACCUGACAGUGGUUCUAGAUAGACCGCAAAAAGUCACCCGCGUUGCAGUGCACACAGGCUCUAAAAUCAAAGGGCGGUACCGACUGGAACAGGGGCAAGUACUGCUGGGCUGUGACUCCCUUCGGAAUCGCAAAGACGGUGCUUACUACACCCUUCUGGGGCCGCUGGUGGCAGGGAACUUGGACCAGAGGGUGUUUUGUGAAGAAGAGUCUGUGCGGGAACUGAGCUGUAUGGAAGUGCUGGUGUCAGCAUCUCAAGACUCUUGGCUCCUGAUCAGGGAGAUCAAAGUCUGGGCAGAGCCUGAGAAAGAGGAGAGUGAGUGGGUGCAGUGAUUCUGGUAGGACUGGGUUUGGAAAUGGUUUAACGGUGGACGAAUAAAUCCAAAGACUGGUGAAGUGAACUCCUACCGAGUUGGUGUUGACGCAAUCACUUCUGCAAACUUAGACUCUUCGGAGAAUGAAAGGCAGCGUUUUAACACCAGAAGCACAAGUACGCUAGAAGCCCCGUUCACACCUGUAGCCCCAGAAAUCUAGAGGCUGAGACAGGAGGAUCGAGAGUUCAAAGCCAGCGGGUCUCCGUAGUGAGGUCGAGGCCGGCCUGCACUGUACAGGGAAACCUCGUCUCCAAAAUAUAAACAAGCAUGCCUGUAGUCCUAGCACUCGGGGAGGCUGA